AUGAAUGCUAAUAGGGAUAAACUAGUGGAAGAGAUAAUGGAUUUAAAUCCAGUACAACUAUUUGAACUUUUCUUUGAUGAUACGGUUUUGCGGCAUAUUGUCGAUCAGUGUUAUAUGCAUCUUAAAAUACUCGACACCAAGGAAGAAAUGAAAUCCUUCAUAAAUUCGGACACUUUCCUGCGAAGCUAG